AUGUCAAAACCGCACAUUGAGCACGAGUCUCCAGAACAAAGCAGUCUCCAACGCACGCUCAAAGAUCUCUUCGCCGGCGCUGUAGGCGGCAUCGCCCAGGUCCUCAUAGGCCAGCCUUUCGACAUUGUAAAAGUGCGACUGCAAACGACUUCGCAGUACAGCGGUGCCCUAGAUGCCGCCACGAGUAUUUACAAGAAUGAAGGUGCUCUCGCCUUCUACAAAGGCACCCUCACCCCCCUCAUCGGCAUCGGAGCCUGCGUGUCUGUGCAAUUCGGUGGAUUCCACUAUGCCCGACGCGCGUUUGAAGCAUCGAAUAGGGAGAGUACAGGAUCGCCACAGUUGAGUUAUGGACAGUACUACGCUUCUGGUGCCUUUGCCGGCAUCGCAAAUACAGUCUUGUCAAGUCCAAUCGAACAUAUCCGUAUCAGACUACAAACCCAACCGCAUGGUGCAAAUCGUCUCUACAAUGACCCCAUAGACUGCGUGCGCAAAAUCUCCGCACACCAAGGUGUCUUGGGUGGUGUCUAUCGUGGCACGGCCGUGACCUGGUUGCGCGAAGCCCAAGCCUAUGGUGUCUGGUUCACCACUUUUGAGUAUCUGAUGAAUGCCGACGCGGCGCGCAACAACAUCAACCGUGAAGAUAUUUCCACGCUCAAGAUCGCCGGCUAUGGAGGGCUAGCGGGUGAGAUGCUGUGGAUUAGCAGUUAUCCAUUUGAUGUGAUCAAGAGCAAGAUGCAGAGCGAUGGGUUUGGCAAGGAUCAGCAGUACCGGAGUAUGAGGGAUUGCUUGGCAAAGGUGUAUAGGGCCGAGGGAUUGCGUGGGUUCUGGAAGGGUAUUGCACCGACGCUUUUGAGGGCACUACCGGUGUCUGCGGGUACCUUUGCGACGGUAGAGGUGACGAUGAAGUUGAUUAGCUAG